GCUUCAAGCUUGCAAAGACCUUUCAUUUUCCCAACACGCUCUCGCGAUUCUUCGUUCAAUGACCUAGCUUUCGAGUCUUUCUUGGUACUGGCUUAGUCUUGACUUUCUUUGAAUCAUUUCUAUGUCAGAUUGAGGAAGCAAGGUCGUGAAACAGUCAAAUUUGCCUUUCAUUUCCCGACAGAGGCCAGAAUAACUUAAAACGUUACAGCAACGUUGUAAGAAGAAUCUUCUAAUAGUUGCAAUGGCUACAGGAAGAAGUCCAAUUAAAGUGCCAUGUGAAAAUGAAGACCUAUUUGCCAAAGAAAAUGCACCAGAUUUUGAUGAGGACACUUUACGAGCCGCAGCUGAUGGUUAUAGGAACGAGGGUAAUGAGGCCUUCAAGAAAGGAGAUUUCAUCAGUGCUAUUCAUUUUUACAGCGAAGGAAUUAAAAUGAACUGCAAUGAGAAAGAACUGAAGGCCAAACUGUACAACAACAGGGCUAUUGCACAUUUUAAACUUGGAAAUCACCAGGAUUCACUAAGGGAUGCAGAGGCAGCCAUUAAGUUAAAUCCAACUUUCCUCAAGGCAAUUGUGAGAGGAGCCACUGCCUGUGUUGAACUGAAGAGAUUUAAAGAAGCAAUCACUUGGUGUGAUAAGGGAUUAGCUAUCGACAAAAAUAAUAGGAUCUUGUUGUCAUUAAGACUUCAGUCUCUCAGAGAAGUGGAAGAUGAGUCCGUGGAGGAAAAAGAUCAUCUUAGUCAUGGCCAUGGUAGUACAAGUCCAGGUUAUGCCAAGAAAGUCAUAGACUUCUGCAAUCAGGGAGACAAGUAUGGGGAGAGUAACAAUUAUGGCAAUCUAGGCAAUGCUUAUUGCAGUCUUAGUGAUUUAAAAAAAGCCAUAGAGUACUGCAACCUGCGUCUUAAAAUUAGUAAAGAAGUAGGAGACAAGCAUGGAGAGGGUAACGCUUAUAGCGAUCUUGGCAAUCUGUAUUGGAGUCUGGGUGAUUGCAAAAAAGCAAUAGAGUACUACAACCUACUUCUUAAAACAGCACAAAAAGUAGGAGACAAACGUGGGGAGGGUAGUGCUUAUAGCAAUCUUGGCAAUGUUUAUAACCACUUGGGCGAUUUGAAAAAAGCCAUAAAGUACCACAACCUUCAUCUUAAAAUAGCCAAAGAAGUAGGAGACAAGCCUGGGGAGGGCAAGGCUUAUGGCAAUCUUGGCAAUGCUCAUGACGGUCUAGGUGAUUUCAAAAACGCCAUAGAGUACCACAACCUAGAUCUUAAAAUAGCCAAAGAAGUGGGAGAUAAGCAUGGGGAGGGUAGUGCUUAUAGCAAUCUUGGGAAUGCGUAUCGGAGUCUGGGUGAUUUCAAAAAAGCUAUAGAGUACAACGACGUACAUCUCAAAAUAGCUAAAGAGGUAGGAGACAAGCAUGGGGAGGGUAACGCUUAUGGCAAUCUUGGCAAUGCUUAUUACAGUCUGGGUGAUUUCGAAAAGGCCAUAGAGUACCUUAACCUACAUCUUAAAAAAGCUAUAGAAGUAGGAGACAAGCAUGGAGAGGGUAACGCUUUUGGCAAUCUUGGCAAUGCGUAUCGGAGUCUGGGGGAUUUCAAAAAAGCCAUAGAGUACCACAACGUACAUCUUAAAAUAGCUAAGGAAAUAGAAGACAAGCAUGGAGAGGGUAACGCUUAUGGCAGUCUAGGCAAUGCUUAUGACAGUCUCGGUGAUUUCAAAAAAGCCAUAGACUACCACAACCUACAUCUUGAAAUAGUAAAAAAAGUAGGAAACAAGCAUGGGGAGGGUAGUGCUUAUAGCAAUCUUGGCAGUGCUUAUAACAAUCUGGGUGAUUUCGGAAAAGCCAAAGAGUACCACAACCUACAUCUUAAAAUAGCCAAAGAAGUAGGAGACAGGCAUGGGGAGGGUAACGCUUAUGGCAAUCUUGGCAAUGCUUUUGACAGUCUGGGUGAUUUCGAAAAAGCCAAAGAGUACCACAACCUACAUCUUGAAAUAGCUAAAGAAGUUGGAGACAAGCAUGGGGAGGGUAGUGCUUAUGGCAACCUUGGCAGUGCUUUAUACAGGCUGGGUGAUUUCGAAAAAGCCAUAGAGUACCACAACCUACAUCUUGAAAUAGCCAAAGAAGUAGGAGACAAGCAUGGGGAGGGUAUUGCUUAUGGUAAUCUUGGCAAUGUGUAUCAAAAUCUGAGAGAUCUGAUCAAGGCCAAAAAUUCAUACGAGCUAAUGCUCAAAAUUGCCAAAGAGGUCGAAGACAAAUCCUUGGAGGCAACGGCCUACUAUUCAUCAGGAUGUGUUUUUGAGUUGCUUGGUCGACUGCCAAAAGCCGUUGAAUAUUACCAAGCCAGCAUAACCUUGUACAACUCCUUGAGAGUACUUCUAGAAUCUAAAGACGAAUGGAAAAUUAAUUUUCGAAAUCAGAAUCAAAUGGCGUAUACGGGUUUGUGGAGAGUUCUCGUAGAACAAGGUAAUAUAGAUGAAGCUUUAUUUGCUGCUGAGAAAGGACGAGCUCAAGCUCUGAACGACCUCAUGGAAUCCAGUUUUUGUGGUGGAACAAGUCAGCACGAGAGAGGCGAUGAAGAUUUAGCGGUUUUAGGAAACGUUCCAUCAAACACUAUCUUUCAGGCAGUCGUCAGAGAUAACGUCAAUCUUUGGGUUGUUUCCGAAGGAAAGCAAGUUCAUUUAAGACAAAGUAAACUUAAAGGUUCUUUUUCAGAGAAUAUGGAAGCCAGUCAGUCCUUUGAGUCGUUCAUGCUUGGUGUCUAUACGCAACUGGGUGUUCUUUCUAAUGUGAAAUGCGAGAAUCGAUCUUUGGAUGCUUUGAGGGAGAGCUGUUCAAAAGUGGAUGAGAAAACUAAAAAAGACAACCCUCGAGCUCCCAUCGAACAAAACGAAUGCUUGUGCACUUUGUAUGAUACCGUUAUGAAGCCAGUGGCUGACCUGCUUCAAGGGGAUGAACUACUUAUCAUUCCUGAUGGACCCCUGUGGCUCGCUCCUUACGCUGCAUUCAAGGAUGGUAAUUCUAAAUACCUGUGUGAAUCGUUCAGAAUUCGACUCGCUCCAUCAUUAACAAGUCUUAGACUCUUUGCCGAUUGCCCAGAUGAUUAUCACGAAAGCAGUGGUGCGCUGCUUGUAGGAGAUCCGUGGGUAGCCGAGGUUACUAACAGCGAGGAAGAGAAAGUCCUCGAGCAGCUUCCGUGUGCUAAAGAAGAAGUAGAAAUGAUCGGAAAAAUUCUGAAUAUCACUCCAAUCACUGGCAGACAGGCCACGAAACGUGAGGUGUUGGAAAGAAUCAGUUCCGUGUCCUUAGUUCACUUUGCGGCACACGGAUGUAUGGAAACUGGCGAAAUUGCUCUUACACCUGACCCAAAGCGAAAAUCUACUGUGCCAAGAGAAGAGGAUUACAUUUUAACAAUUGAAGAUGUGUUGAAUGUUCAACUUCGCGCCAAGCUAGUUGUACUUAGUUGCUGCCACAGUGGUCGGGGCGAGAUCAAGGCUGAAGGUGUGGUUGGCAUUGCGCGUGCUUUUAUGGGGGCUGGUGCUCGGUCUGUUGUGGUGUCCUUGUGGGCGGUUGAAGACAAGGUUACUCUUGACUUCAUGAAAUGCUUUUAUCAACACCUUGCAAAAGGUAAACCUGCAAGCGAGUCACUGAACCUGGCCAUGAAGAGCUUUAGAGAAUCAGACGAGUUCCGCGACGUCAAAUACUGGGCGCCCUUUUUGCUGAUUGGAGAUGACGUCACUUUUGACUUCAUGGCAAAGGAAAGAGAACAUUUUAAUACAAAAUCAAGCAAAUGA